CGUGGUCCAUCAACGUCAUCAGUGCCAAGUGUAGUGGUGCAAUGUAUAUGCAGAAGAGGUGAUUGGGCAAUGUGUUUAUUCGUCAUAAUCUGCUUCAACAUUAAUAAAGUCACUUAUCUUGAAAAACAACUGGGCAAAACCACUGAGCUUUGGAGUACUCUUCACCUACACUGAUUAGAAGAGGAUUGAGUGGAUCAGGAGCUGCUGGAGGUGAAGACCCAGGAAUAAUGAAUCAAUACAUAACAAAACUUGUCUUGGUGGAAGCUGUGAUCUUUGCUUUUUUAUCUACACAAAUCAAGGUCAACAGUGCACCAACAUUUCUAACGAAUGAGGAAGAAUACGUUACUGAGAGUCCCGAUCCCAUUCUAACGACUGAGGAAGAAUACGUUACUGAGGAUCCCGAUCCCAUUCUAACGACUGAGGAAGAAUACGUUACUGAGGAUCCCGAUCCCAUUCUAACGACUGAGGAAGAAUACGUUACUGAGGAUCCCGAUCCCAUUCUAACGACUGAGGAAGAAUACGUUACUGAGGAUCCCGAUCCCAUUCUAACGACUGAGGAAGAAUAUGUUACUGAGGAUCCCGAUCCCGUUCUAACGACUGAGGAAGAAUACGUUACUGAGGAUCCCGAUCCCAUUCUAACGACUGAGGAAGAAUAUGUUACUGAGGGUCCCGAUCCCGUUCUAACGACUGAGGAAGAAUACGUUACUGAGGGUCCCGAUCCCGUUCUAACGACUGAGGAAGAAUACGUUACUGAGGAUCCCGAUCCCGUUCUAACGACUGAGGAAGAAUACGUUACUGAGGGUCCCCAUCCCGUUCUAACGACUGAGGAAGAAUACGUUACUGAGGGUCCCGAUCCCGUUCUAACGACUGAGGAAGAAUACGUUACUGAGGAUCCCGAUCCCAUUCUAACGACUGAGGAAGAAAACGUUACUGUGAACACCAAUCCUCUUGCAACAGCCACCAAAAUCACAAGUCAUCUUUGGUUAAUUAAUGCAGAUGAUACGCACUCUCUUUCAAUUCAAAGAACAAAAGGCAGAGAAAUUUUGAUUUACUUAAUCAUAAUAGGCAUAUUAAUAAUUCUCUGUACCAUACUACUAGUAUCAACAAUUGGCUUGGCCUAUCGGGUGUCAAUUCUCAAAGCCAACAUGAAAAAGCGACCGACAAGAAGCAACUCUGACUUUGUUAAAGGAGCCAGUCUAUGGUCCCCUGGUCCCAGCCAAUUUCCAGGUGAGCCAGCAAAAACCAAUAUCGCACUGAAGGAAGUCAAAGCUCUGGAGGCAAAGGAAGAAGCCAUGCCAUUAAUAUAAUAAGAACACAUGAAGUCUAGCUGACAAAAAAGACUGAUCUGUUGUGGAUUCUAGUCUCUUAACCAUUUUUAUGCCAUUGUAGAUAGUGCCACAGAGUGCUCAUUAGAGCAAUAUUCAAAACAAAUAGAAUACUGAAAAACAAGCAAUUUUUAUACUUAAUUUUUUGAUUAUUUGGUGAAAGGGAAGAACAGGCAAGGUAGACACAUAACCACCCAGGUCAGCCAGUGAAAAAUAAUAGAUUUGUUUUGAGUUAUCGGUGUGUUUAUUUAAUCAACAACCCAUUUGUCUCGAUCCUUACCAUGUGCCUGGAGAUCCACAACCAUAUACAGGCACUGUGACGACAGUUAAUUAGUUCAAUGAAAACUUAUUUUAUAUUGUACUGGAGUAUUUAAUGCAAUAUUAUAUUUCAUUUUACUUUUGGUCAAAAAUAUUAUUCUCCCCUGCUGAAAGAAAAUCUGGGAGAAGAAUAUGCAAUCCAGGAAUCUCUAAUGUAUUGUUAACAGAAAUGAACACAGAUCGGUCAGUUUAAGAGUCCAUCCUACUCAAAUAUGCACCACUGACUUGCUAAGUACUCAUUAAACUAUCAGCUGUACAAUUCAUGCAAUAGAUUGAUAUUGAGGAGUAACCAAGCUAAUUUUUGCUUCAAAUUCCUCAAUGUAAUGGGUUACUGAAGGCAAUAGAAUGUUAAUAGCUACAAUAAUGCUCCCAUGUAAGUAGAUGCUUAAAAAAAUGUUUAGUAUCCUACUGCAGCCUCAAUUGUUCCAUCAACAUUUUUGAGUGGGAAUUGAGGGUGGGGGAAGGGGGGGUGAGAUGAUGAGGAACUAUCCAUCACUUCUACAAGUCAUUUAGUCACUUUCACAAAUGAUUCCAUAACAGGGUCUAUGUGCCAAAGGUGACCAAAUUAUGCUUUCAAUGUUAUCGAUGUAAAGGACACAAUUGCUGCAGGCAACUAGUUCAUUAUGGUGGAAGGUUCAUGUGAAAUGUAUCCACAGGGAAAAAGGAAUUAUACAGAAGACCAUUGAAAAAGACAGCAUCAAUCAGCUCAAGAAAUACUUGGAUGCACAUCUAAUAAGGAAUGCUGCAUGGCCAGCAGAGUUGGUCAAUGAAAAAUGGACAGGCUUAUUGGAUCUAAUGGACUUCUGUUCCUGAGAUUUUUAUUUUUAUCACGGAAAACUAAACUAAUCCCAAAUUGUGGAGUGAAGAAAGUAUUUGUAUUCAUACAGAUCCUCAGACUUAUAAAAUUGCUUUGUAGCUAA